CGCCCUCAUGCGUACAAACAAACCAUCAAGUGAGUCCAGCGAACAACACAUCAUAGCUCUUAAUCUUCAUACCAAACUUGCAUCUGCUGCUGAAAUUGCAACUCAUUGAUUCGAACAAAAUUUUAACUUGGUAAAGUUAUGACAAAAUUUGGUUUUCACAUCCUACUAUUUGUUUUGAUUGUAUACAAUCGGGUUUCUUUAGGUCAAACUGACUCGAAAACAGAAAGUUCCGAUGGUCCAAAAAUACCGGAAGUGAAAAGUUCUAUAAAACCCAAACAUGUAGCCCUAGUCGUAGGUUGUCAUUCACACGCCAUGUUACAUAAUCACCUUGCGUAUACAUUACAUAACAAGGCGACUAGCGCGGAAAAAUACAGAGUGAGUUACGUAACAGGUGCUCAGUGUCGUGACAUUCCCGAGAGACUGGGAGGUGUGAAUAUUUUUGACACUGGCGAGUGGUUCUACCCGAGUAAGGACCCGAAUAUGUCGGGAGCCGAGUAUGUCAAAAAUUACACGCGAGGUGAAAUAGUGUACCCAACCCGAGCUGUCGAAGCCCUAAUCCGAGAAGACAGACCCGACUUGAUCAUCUCCGACAACAUCUGCCUCGCCACGGGAACAAUAGCCGAAGUCCACGACAUACCCUUUGUGAUCGCUUUUCGACCGAGCAUUCCGCCGAUUUCAAUGCACGCCGAGUGAUUCAAUUUGGGACUCGGAGUUACUUUCAAUCACGUGCCUGAGUCGACUAGACCCGAUUGGUAUUUCAAACUAUGUGCCGCCUAUUGGUACCGAAUUCUCAUUUCGCUGUUUUGGUUUUUCACGCGAGAUGCAGUUGGUGAUUUCGAAAAGCUAAGAUCGGAUUCAAAGUUGCCAGUAUUUGAUAACUAUUUCCACGUCACGAACAGCUACCCCGUGAUUGCUUACUUCGACGAAACAAUCUUGGCUCGUCGAGACAUUCACCCAAAGCUAACCACUGUCGGCUUACUGCCACAUGAACCAGAUAAUCUCUCCAGAAUUAAUCCAGAGCUUCUUGACUUCAUCGACAAAAGCGACAAACCAGUUCUCUACGUUUCAAUUGGAACCCGGAACACUUUUUCAGAUGAUGAGACGAAAAUCUUGAAGCGUGUUUUUGAAACGCAGGAUCAGUUUAGAGUUGUUUGGGCUCAUCGCACUUGGAAUUAUGACGUCAUGGAUAAAAUUGACCAAUCAAAGCUGUUUGUUCAGGGCAAAGUGGCGCAGAGGGAUAUUUUGGGGCAUCCGAAAGUUCGAGUGUUCAUGUCUCAUUGUGCCACUGGUGGGUUUUCGGAAGGCCUGUCACGUGACAAAGUGUUCAUCGCUGUUCCCCAGAGAGGUGACAAUUUCUACUUAGCCGAUGUAGUCAAAAAACAAAGCCUCGGAGUCGUCGUCACCUCGGAACCAUCCGACCUCGAAAUGCGAGCUGCUCUCAAAAGCAUUCACGAAAACUUAGAUUUCUAUCUACAAAAUGUGCAACAGUUGAAAGAAAAACUUUCCAAAAACUCUAUCAAAAGACUUGAAAAUAUAGUAGAUUGGUUAAUCGAUCAGAAACAAACCACCGUUUUUGACUUCGAAGAAAGCAAUGUGAUAUCUUUGCGUAAUAGUUUGAUCACCCUUAGUCUCACUGUUUUGGCUAUAGUAGUUGUUCCUGCUUUAACGUUUAUUUAUUUUCUUAAAAUUUGCUGUUGUAAAAUUAUUGCAAAAGAAAAAAUCAAUUAAAAAUUUAUAAC